UUAAUUAAUAACGAGUCUUCACGGGUAGGGUUUCGCUUCUCUCUCUGCUAUAUAAAUUCGCAUUCUCGGCUCAAUUUUCAUCCAUAUUCAACCAACACUUCCACGCAACGUAAAGACUAGGGUUUUCACCUGCUUUCUCUCUCAUAUAAGGAAUUGACUGUUAAACCUGCAAUAAUUGCAGUUAGUCAAAGUGGAGUGUGUUAAGUUAGAAGCUUCUUUUAUGUCUGAGUUGGCCUCUCUCUUUUUGUCAUCAAUCGGUUUGCUCGGAGAGUAUUGUCCAAAGCCAAGAAAAAAGUAUAGGCUUUUUUGUGAUAAAGUUGGCUGCAUGCGUCUUGGGCCAUUUCAGGGCUAUAGCCAGUUUAUGCGACCUUUUCCAUUUGCAAAAAAUCAGUCCAAUAUUAAAGAAGAAAUUCUCCCAAAAAAAGACACCUUGUGCCCCUUCUGAUAACGUCCGGUCUAGAGUUAUUUUGUGGAAAACAAUAUGGCUUUACAAAAUAUUGGUGCUGGAAACAAAGAUGAUGCCUUUUAUAGGUAUAAGAUGCCCAGAAUGAUAACAAAGAUUGAAGGUCGAGGAAAUGGCAUCAAGACUAACGUGGUAAACAUGGUUGAUAUUGCAAAGGCCUUGGGUAGACCAGCUUCUUACACCACAAAGUAUUUUGGUUGUGAGCUUGGUGCCCAAUCCAAAUUUGAUGAGAAGACAGGAACAUCCCAUGUUAACGGGGCUCAUGACACUGCUAAGCUUGCAGGGCUUCUUGAGAAUUUCAUCAAGAAAUAUGUGCAGUGCUAUGGUUGUGGUAAUCCUGAAACUGAGAUAAUAAUCACAAAGACACAGAUGAUUACCCUAAAAUGUGCUGCAUGUGGAUUUCUUUCAGAUGUUGAUAUGAGGGACAAGCUCACUACAUUUAUUAUUAAGAACCCUCCUGAGCAGAAGAAGGGGUCAAAAGACAAGAAGGCCAUGAGGAGGGCAGAGAGAGAGCGGCUCAAGGAAGGGGAGGCAGCAGAUGAGGAGCAGAAGAAAAUGAAAAAAGAGACUGCGAAGAAGAAAGGCUCCUCUGGUGGAUCCAAGGAUGCUUCUUCCAAAGUGUCAACAAAGAAAAAAGCCCAUGUUUCUGACGAUGAUAACUCACCGGUGGAAAGAGACGAGAAAGAACCAGUGACAGCCAAUGAUGAAGACAAUGAUGAGGACGAUGUUCAAUGGCAGACUGACACUUCUGCAGAGGCAGCUCUACAACGGAUUCAGGAACAACUGACUACUGUCACGGCUGGGAUGGUCAUGCUUUCCACAGAUGAAAAGAAGCCCAAGUCAGGUAAGAACUCUCCGGAGCGUGAAGAGAAAUCCAAAGUUAAUGGACAUGAAAAUGGGGUUGAUACUAUGAAUUCCCAUGAGAGGCUUGUUAAUGAGAUUAAAGAAUACAUGAAGAAGGGUUCAUCUGUGAGCCAGCUCGAGUCUUUUCUUGGAUCUCUUUCUGGAACUUCUCAAGAGGUUGUAGAUGCCCUGUUUGAAGCUCUUUUUGGUGGUGUUGGGAAGGGUUUCUCUAAGGAGGUGGCCAAUAAAAAGAACUACCUAGAAGCUGCGACUCAGGAUGAGGGAUCCCAGCUAGUUCUGCUGCAUGCCAUUGAGAAUUUCUGUGGGAAAGCGAGCCCCGAGGCGGUGAAGGAGGUGGCCUUGGUUCUGAAAACACUCUACGACAAUGAUGUGCUGGAAGAAGAGUUCAUAGUGAAGUGGUUUCAGAAUGGCUUGAGCGGUGGCAAUAAAAGCUCUCCAAUCUGGAAAAAUGUCAAACCCUUCGUGGAGUGGCUCAAGAGUGCCGAGUCUGAAUCCGAAGAGGAGUGAAUUGGUAUGCACUCCCAUCCAGUCAUGCAUGAUUCGUGAUGCGUUUUCCAAUGGUGUUUUUUUUUUAAUUACUGUACUAGAUUAAAAAUAAUGGACCAGAGCUGUUGUGUCUUUGCCAAUAAUGUUGUGUUGGUAUUGGGUUUGGUUGGUUGUCUUUAUGGUUAUCAGUUGGGCAUUGUAAUUGCCUUAAAAUAAAGGGUAAGCAUCAGGCGGAUAUCAUGUUAUCUGAUGAGUUUCCCGGGUUGCUUUCUGUUUUUCACUUUGACCAGUUCCAAUGUACUAGUUCACAGUUUUUCUUCA